AUGACCGCGGCGCUCGCUGCCGCCGCCAAGGCAGCGAUCAGGCCGCGCGCACCGCGGCGGCAGGUGAUUCAGCUCACGGACGCGGCGGCCGAUCGGAUUCGCGAGCUGCUGACGAGGCGCAACAAGGAGUACCUCAAGCUGGGCGUCAAGUCGCGCGGCUGCAGCGGCAUGAGCUACACGCUCACCUACGCCGACGAGCCGGGGAGGUUCAACGAGGUGGUGGAGGAGAAGGGCGUGCGAGUGGUGGUGGAGCCCAAGGCGCUCAUGGCCGUCAUCGGCACCACCGUCGACUUCGUACAGGACCGCCUCAACCUCCCUCUUUCGCGACCUCACUCUCUUGUGUCACGUUUGUAUUCUCCCCUCCAUCCUCCCCUACCUCUCUCUCUUCCUUCAUUAUCGUUCAUCACAUUCAUGCCCUGCUGCCCCAUGCUCCCCCUUACCUUCCCACCUGCUGCUGUCAUUUCCGAAAUGACUCAUUGCCCUGAUCCUAUUCCUCACCUUCCACCGAUCAUUGUGCGAAUGGCAUGUUCGGGGUGGGCGGUGGGGGGGCGCAGGUGCAUGCAGCGAAGCCUCUUUAGGUUAUUCGCCUGGGGGUUGGGCAGGAAGGGGGGGAGAGGGCGGGGUGGUGCGGAUGGCAUGGGAUGGGAGGAGCAGGCGGAGUGCGGGUGCGGCGCAGGGGGGUUGGGGGGAGAUGGCAUGGGAGGUGCAGGGGGUUUGGGGGGAGAUGGCAUGGGAGGUGCAGGGGGUUUGGGGGGAGAUGGCAUGGGAGGUGCAGGGGCGUUGGCGGAAGAUGGCAUGGGAGGCGCAGGGGGGUUGGGGGUGAGAUGGAAUGGGAGGCGCAGGGGGGUUGGGAGGAAUCCCUCAUGCCGGGACACCGCUGCUGCUGAGAUGCAUGCAGUGAGGCCUCUUGACGUCGUUCGGAUUGGACAAGCAUAUGGGGGGGAAGGUUUAGGGGGCAUGGGAGGCGUAGGGGGGCUGUGGCGAGUCAGGUACCACAGGAUCAACUUGUACAGGGGUGGGUGGGUGGGUGCAGGUGCAGGGAGUGCGUUGAGCAGUGGUGGUUGGCAUUGCAUGCCAGAGCACUCCUCCAUUCACCCCGCCUCGUCGCGCCACCUGCACGCGUCGACUCCCGCAAUGGCGGCGGACGCCGCAGUCGGCGCCGCGAUUCAAGGCGCGUACAGAGCAGCCACGAGCGUCGCGUCGCCAUUGGUGGCGAUGGGCCUCUGGCAGCGCGCGUUGCUGGGAUUGGACGGCGCGGGGAGCAGAUGGCGGGAACAACUGGGCGUACCUUCGGCGAAGCGACCGGACGGUCCUCUGUUGUGGUUCCAUGCUGUUUCCGUGGGCGAGAGCGCGAUCGCGAUACCGCUGGUUCGCAAGUGCAUGCAGCAGCGGCCGCGCCUCAAAGUGCUCUUCACCACCCGCAACGCCCUCGCGCUGUCUGUUGUAUCCAAAGCCUUCUCCAAAACGCAUGUCAUAUGCCAGCUAGCGCCAAUGGACGCGCCAGCAGCGGUGGAGCGCUUCCUGGCGCACUGGCAGCCCAACGGGGCGGUGUUCAUGGAGCAGGAGCUCUGGCCCAACCUCCUGCUCUCGCCCCGCCUCCUCACUGUGCCCAUUGCGCUGCUCAACGCGCGCAUGACCCAAUCAACGUUUGACAGGUGGCACGCCAUGGAUGGGCUCUUCCUCCCUCUCGUCUCCGCCAUGAUUGGUCGCUUCGCCCUCAUCACCACCACCAGCACGGAGCAGGGGCUACGGUAUCAGCGCCUGGGCGCCAACCCCAUGCUCACACGCUACACCGGCAACCUCAAGUUCGCGACCAUGAGCAGUCACGGCAGCAGCAGGAGCAGCAGGGAAGGGGAGGCGGAGAGUGGGGGGGCGAGAGGGGGGGCGAGGGCGCGGGGAGGGAAGGAGGAGGAAGUGAGGCGUGUGGUGCGAGGGCGGCGGGUGUGGCUGGCUGCCAGCACACACGCGGGCGAGGAGGAAGCUGUCCUGCGCGUGCACCGCAAUCUGAAGCACCGAGUGGCGGGGCUUCUCACUGUCAUCGUGCCCCGAGACCCGACCAGAGGGGCGGCCAUUGGCAAGUUCCUGGCAUCGCAGCUGCACCACCCGCCACCGCUGCAGCCGGGGAUGACAGCAGAGGAGGCACGGGCCAAGCCGGUGAGAGUGGCUGUGCGCUCCCAGGGGCAGGCAGUGACGCCCGACACUGACUUCUAUGUUGCUGACACCAUUGGCGAGUUGACGCUGCUCUACGCCAUCAUCCCCCUCGCGUUCGUGGGGGGCUCUCUGCUGCCCGGCCUGGGCGGCCACAACAUCGCUGAGCCUGCUGUUUCCUCCUGUGCCGUGCUCACUGGUCCCCACCUGGGUCACUUCACCUCUGUGCUGCAGCAGCUGCAGCAAGUGGCGCCCCUCUCUGUGUGGCAGGUGGCAGACAAGCACGAGUUACAGACAGCAGUGCAGCAGCUACUCACCAACGAGGCGCAGCUGAACGCGCGGCGCAUAGCAGCGCAGCGAGCAGCAGCGUCGGGCACGGAGGGCGUGGUGGACGAGGUGUGGGAGGCGCUCGACUUUGCCGUGCUGCAGCGCAUGACCCUCCCCACCACCGCUUCUAGCAGCGACCGUGCAGCGGCAGCAGCGGCGCUGGAGCUGAGGGAGGACGGCCCAGAUGCGGAGCUCACAGGGGUGCUGCAGGCUCGAUUGGACCGCAUCGAGUCGUUCCCUGCAGCUGCAGGCGCCAUGCAUGGUGCCGCGGUGGAUGGGGCGCCGCUGCUGUCUCCGGGUGGGGUGGGCCAGAAUGGAGGGGCAGGAGGAGCGUGUGGUGUUAUCAGCCCGAGGGGGCAAGUGGCGAGGGAAGGACGGAGUGGUGGUGCUGCUGGGUCAGGGUCCGAAGCUAUGUUCAAGGGUAGCAGUGGGAAGCAGGCUGUGGAUGGGGGCGGCAGUGCAAUGGGUUCGACACGGUCGAGCAAGUUAGAGAGCGGUGGGCCGAAUGACGAGCUGGCAGGGCGGCUUCGAGCUCGAAUCGAUAAGAUUGAGACGGGCCCGAAAUGUGAUGAUCUGAAUGCUCACAAGUGA